AUGAAUCUUAAAAUAGCAUGUCAAGGGCAAGAAUUCAAUUUUGAAGAAGUUUAUUCAUUCGAAGAGUUGAAAUUAAGACUUCACUAAACUGAACCAUCAUUUAUUCUAGAGUCACUAACUUAUUAAGAUGAGGAAGAUGAUAUCAUUACAUUAGCCAAUGAGAAUGAUUUUAGUUGUUUGUCAACAAAUUCAAAUUUUACUGUUUAAGCAUAAGGGAAAUUCGACGAAGAAUGGGCCAUAAAGGAAUUCAAAAGAAAUUAGAGAUUGAUUAAAAGAAUAGCUAAGAAAGUCAAAUAGCUGAAAUAAAAAUAGAAGAAUAAUUUAAUCUAAGAGAGAAUAUUACUCAGAGAAGUUAAGAAAUAUUCUGUAACAAUAGAAACAGACUCAAGAAAUAGACAAAGACAUAAAGACUAUUAGGUAAUAAAUUGA